CAGCUUUUUCAUUUUCAUUUUCAUUUUUUUUUUCACUGAUCCACAUGUCCAAUUACAAACAAAGAUUUUAGAGCAGCAAUAAGCAAUUAGUCAAUAGCUGAAAUUCAUUGUCGUUGAUGACCAAGAAGACGAUUACACUUUAGGGUUUACAAAUGCUCAGAUAAUCCAAACUAAGAAAAAGGAAAGAAAAGAAACCCAUCUGGUUUUCAGGGCUUAAUUUCUGUUUGGCACAUACCUGGACUUGUCAAUGGCUCAAGGUUGUGCUUCUUACCAUAGUUAGCCUAUGGCCCCUUUGGUGGAAAUGGUAAAUACUUGACUUGACUUCUCCUUAAAGCAAUACUGAGAUAUUACUGCAUCAUGGCUCGGAAAGGUAAUCAACAAAAGAAUGGGGUGGAUCACCAUACAUUAAACCACAAAAGAAGAGGUUCAGGUUCAGGUUCAGGGUGUAAUCCACCAGAUAUGAAAGGGCGGGGAAAAGCACAUGAGGUGAAGGUUUUUCCUGGAGAAGAACUCCCAAAUGGUAACCAACCAGGCAAUUUUGCAGAGAGUGUGAGUCAAACCAAUUAUGCAGGAGAUGAGAACAGAAGUUCACAAAAGUCUGAGAACCUUUUGAGGAAAGAGAAGCAGGGGAUGGAUGCACUUCAACAACCAGAAAAACCAAUCUCUUCUAGGGAUGAUUUAAGGAAUUGCAAUGGAAAUAUUGAAGCUUCAACCGAACAAGAAAAUGCGACAUUAUAUGGAACUAAUCAAGGUCAAAAACAUACAAAAACUAGCCUGCCAUUUUUGCAUAAUGGUCUGAAUAUAAAAUCUGUGUUAGAAAAUAUUGAGUUUUCAGAUAAUUCGGUGGUUAGAAGCAUGAGGGCAUUGACAUUGUCAAUCUUAAAGGCAUCUAGUGAAUGGCUAGAAAGGCAAAGACCAUUGUUUAUGACUCUAACAACCAAAAUAUCAAAUGCUUGUGACCAUGCUAGAAUGAAGAUUGAGCAGGCAUAUCCUGUUGUUUUGAAAUGGCUCAUGCAAGUUGGGAGCAUAAUGCUACUCAUAUCAAUGGUUUGGUUAGACUGUGCUCUUAGAGGCAUGGAUUCCUUCUUACGCAUGGGGACAACAUCCUUCUUCUCAGUAAUAUGGUUCAGCAUUUUCUCAGUAAUUGCUAUGGUUGGGAUACUCAAGUUUCUUGUUGUUUUGGCCUUAGCUGCUCUUAUUGGAGUUUUUGUUGGGUUCACUCUUGCAAUUCUGGUUGUUGCCAUUUCUGGAACUGUUUUCUUGUGGUUUUAUGGAAGCUUUUGGACAACUGCGUUUGUCAUCUUCCUUGGAGGGUUGGCAUUCAUGUUGAGCCACGAACGCAUUGCACUAUUAAUCACCACUGUGUAUUCUAUAUACUGUGCUUGGGCAUACAUUGGAUGGCUUGGUUUGCUUAUCGGUUUGAAUUUCUCUUUUUUUUCGAGUGAUGUUCUAAUACACUUCCUAAAGAAUAAUAUAAAUCAGCAUAGAGGACCCAAUAGGUUCCCAGAACAAACAUCUGGAAUGCAAGGUCAACCGGGCUUCUUUCAUGGUGACACGGCGCACACUUCAACCUCUGAAACUGGCCCGGGGUUAUCAGCUGACCGUGGUCCAGGAGUUCCCUCAACCAGUGGGACUGAUUCUGAGUUAACUUCUGAAGAAGAAGUGGUUCGCUUGUUAAACUGCACUGAUCACUACUUGGUGUUGGGCUUGUCCCGGUAUGAGGACAUAGAUGUUUCUGUACUCAAACGGGAAUAUAGGAAAAAGGCAAUGUUGGUCCAUCCUGAUAAGAAUAUGGGCAAUGAAAAGGCUGUAGAAGCUUUUAAGAAACUUCAAAAUGCAUAUGAGGUUCUACUUGAUACUCAGAAGCGAAAAACAUAUGAUGAUGAAUUAAGAAGGGAGGAGCUGCUGAACUUAUUCCGUAGAUUCCAAAGCACUUCUCAAACGAAUGGAGGGCAUGGUCUCUUUGCCUCUGGAUUGGCACACUCAGAGGCUGGUGGUGAGGAUCCACUUGGAGAUUCAAGACGAAUAGCCUGCAAAAAGUGUGGCAAUCAUCAUGUCUGGGUGCACACCAGGAAAUCAAAAUCUCAAGCAAGAUGGUGCCAGGAAUGCAAAGAUUUUCAUCAAGCAAAAGAUGGUGAUGGAUGGGUUGAACAGUCUUCCCAGCCCUUCCUUUUUGGACUUCUGCAGAAGGUAGAUGCUCCCUCUGCUUUUGUUUGCGCAGAUAGCAGGAUAUAUGAUGCUACUGAAUGGUAUAUUUGUCAGGGGAUGAGAUGUCCAGCCAACACUCACAAGCCAAGUUUUCAUGUCAACACUAGUGUAACCUCCAAGCAUAACAGCGGAAAGGGGACAAGUUCAGGACAAAGAGGAGGUCGAAUGCCACAAUUCAAUGUGGAAGAGACCAUGACAGAGGAGGAAUUCUUUGAGUGGUUACAGAAUGCAGUGCAAACAGGCAUGUUUGACAAUUCCAGUGUGAGUACCUCCACUGAGAGCCCACCGGGCAGAACUGGAAAUGGCACCAAGAGUGGUGGUAGCAGCAAUAGUGCCAGUGCCAAUAAGAGAAAGAAAAAGGGAAAGAAGCAAUGGUGAUCACUCAUGAUUUUUGCAGCACAACCUUUUGUAAGCAUUUGUGAACCUCACACAAGACAUAUUGACUUGUUUAGUGGUCUAUAGUCUUCUUUAAAGCAAAUGAAGGCCUCAGGAAAGUUUGACUCUCCAUUAAUACAUAUCAGAAUGAGUUAAAAAAAAUCUUGGGCCUCAGUGAUGCAAAAA